AUGGCUGCAUGGCCUCCGUCUGUGUGCGGUAUUGGUGUUGGUCUGUUACAAUUAUUUUUUAUUUUUCUGUUGGAACGAUCGUUAGGUGUUUCAUCAGCAUUCACAGUUUUUGUUGCACAACUAUGUCGUAUACCGAUAUUUAGUAGAUUAGUACCAGAGUUAGCUAAAUUUACGUAUGGUCUAAAAAAUGCCACACCACUCUUGUUUGCUAUUGGGGCUGUAAGCGGCAGUCUGUUAUCAUCAUGUUUAUCACAAACAUUUCCAUUAGGAAAAGAAAAUGGAGCAAAUAUAUACAAUAGUAUAUUAGGCGGAUUUUUUUUAUUAAUGGGCUCAAGAAUUGCUGGAGGCUGUACGAGUGGUCAAGGAAUAUCUGGUGUCACUCAUUUACUCGUUGGAUCAUUUGUUGCCACGGCAGCCAUGUUUGGGGGUGGAAUAUUGUUUGCUAUCACAUACUCAUUUGCCAAAGUAGAUUUGGCCUCUGGUACAUUGUAA